UUGUGAGUUUCAAGUGAUUUCAGUGAGAAUUGUGGGUUUUUCCUUCUUUAACUGAGGGGUACCAACAAUUUUGUCCACGUGUGUAUGUGAUGUGCUUGACUACAAGGUAUUCGUCAUAGUUUAUCAAAAGCUUCAUUUUAUUAUACCAGCUCCUUUUCAUGUGUGUUGAACUAAACACACAAUGUAGUAAAAGCCAACUUCUUUAGCUAGGAGAAGCGUGUUAGAAGAAGUUUGAUCACAGCUGAGUCGUUCGUCAUCCAGGCUUUAGUGCUACAGCCGCCUCAGCUUUUCCAUGUAAAGACGCCGUUCAGAGUAGAAGGGAAGCUUAAGACAGCUUAAUGCUGAUGAUGUGUUCAACCUGAAGUAUGAAAACGUCCCAGAAUCAUCUUUUUGUUGUGUAUGCCAAGAACCUCAACGGCAAUCGGUAAAUCAAGAGUUCUGACGAUGAAAAAGAAAUUCUGUCGCCGUCGUAGGUCUGUUAAAAGCCUGUGCAAUCAGUGCAUCUGGCUGGAUGGCUUAUCUGCCUGCAGCUCAUCACCCGUCACCAGAACCUUCCACACGGCAGGAUGAAGAUGUUGCUGGAGAGCAGAUGGAACAAGAAUGUCAGACAGAGUUCAGCCACAUUCUCCAGCUCCACCUUAAUCUACAUCUUGCUUUGCUCACCCCGUCUGAUGGUCACGUCCAUUCAUGUAUUUGUGCGUCUUUCCAUGUCCCUUCAGUUUCAAAGCACGUUUUCACUCUGAUCUAGGUGUGCACAAGUGUUGUUUGAUGGUAUGUCUUGUGAGGGUACUUCAAGUUCUUGACCUCACCAGAAAAUGUCACAGAAAGAUUGUUCUUGCAUUAAUUUUCAACAUCGUCUCCUUUAGGGGUGGGUUAAAAAUAUCGAUAUUUCAAUAUUGUAUCAAUACACAUGUGUAGAAAUGAUAAUCGAUACAUAAAUCCCACUAUCGAUAUUUUAAAAUGCAAUAGAUUUUACCCGUUAGGUGUUUUUGUUUGGCUAACCCCUUUAGUCUCGCGUGGUUUCGUGCUUCGCGCACCAUUAACGCAGUCAGAUCUCGCGAGAUCCAGGCCAUCCGUGUCAGAGAGAACAACAAUGGCAGAGAAGGAAGAAGAACUUGUGACACCGGGAUAUUUAAAAGCCGAUGUUUGGCGGCAUUUUGGGUUCAAGAAAAGAGAAGGUCGCGAGGAACUGGACAAGAACAACGCUGUGUGCAAAAUAUGCAAAGUGGAGGUGAAGUACAGUGGCAACACAACUAAUCUCUGGAGCCAUUUAAUCAGGCACCACCCAGAGCAUGCACAACAACCAGGUUAUGCUAACAGGUCACUGGUACUGACGCAGCCGACGCUGGAGAAAGCAUUUGGGACGAAGUUUCCGUCCACGUCUCUGCGUGCAGAGAAAAUCAAGUUUUAUCUGCAAGGAUCUCAGACCAUAUAGCGUGGUGGAAAAUGUAGGCUUCAGACAUUUUGUCCAUACACUGGAACCACGUUAUGUGAUACCAACACGUAAACAACUGAGUCAUGUUACAAUCCUGAAGAUGUAUGCUGAUGUUAAAAACAACAUCGCAACUGCACUGAAAUCAGCAGAGAGAGUUGCUGUCACUUGCGACAGCUGGACAAGCAGAGCUACAGAUUCUUAUCUAACCAUCACUUGUCACUACAUCGACGGUAACUGGUACCUUGUGUCCCAUGUCAUACAAACGCGGGCGAUUGAAGCCAGGCACACUGCGACUCAUCUUGCUGAGCUGCUGAUCGAGGCGCUUCGAGAGUGGGAGCUCACGGACAGAGUCCCGGCUGCCGUUACCGACAACGCGGCCAACAUAGUCCGGGCAGUGGCUUCAAUGGGACUGUUGCAUGUGGACUGUUUUGCCCACACGCUCAACUUAGCCUCCCAAGCAGCACUCAAAAUACCCUCUGUUGCCCGACUGAUGGGCCGAGUGAGGCAAAUUGCAGCCUUCUUCCAUCGCAGCACAACGGUGAGUCACAUGCUUAAAGAAAAGCAAAAGCUUCUGAACCUGUGUCAACACAAGUUGGUGAUCGACGUGGUGACCCGCUGGAACAGCUCCCUGGACAUGCUGGAGUGCUUUUUGGAGCAACAACCAGCAAUCACAGCAACGCUGCUCUCACCUGAAGUCCACAGGAAUGAACGAGACCUCUGCACCCUAACAGAGGCUGACGUGACAUUAGCAGAAGAUAUUGUGAAAGCUCUCCAACCACUGAAGACAGCCACACUGGUCAUGUCCGAAGAGAUGACUCCAACACUCUCCGUCAUUGCACCUAUGCACGCUCGGCUAUUGGAUCAGAUGACCAGUGUCCCCGACGACUCACCCGUGAUUAAGGAGCUCAAGACUGCUGUGCACGUCAACUUGAGUUCAAGAUACGAGGCACUAAAAGAGACACUUUAUGAAGCGUCAGCUCUUGAUCCUCGCUUCAAGACUCUGCCCUUCUUAUCUCAAGAGGCCUGUGAUGACACCUUCGCCAGGCUGACUACAAUCUUGACGGAAGCUGCCCAUCUGGAGCAAGUGGAGGCAUCUGAUGAAGACAACUCCCUUGCUGCUGAUGCUGCUGAUCCUCCCCCAACAAAGAGGUCCAAGGAGCCUUCUUCUGCACUCAUGUCUCUCCUGGGUCCAGCCUACAAGCCAAAAGAACCAGCUGUACCAGUGAGAAGUGCAGCUGAGAAGGCAAACGAUGAAGUAAAAGGAUACAGAGAAGUGGAGCCUCUCCCACUCUCUGCAAAUCCACUGAGCUGGUGGAUGAAGCAUGAGGAGAGCUACCCUCUUUUAGCUCGCCAAGCGAAGCAUUAUCUUUGUGUGCCUGGAACCAGUGUCCCUUCAGAGAGGGCAUUUUCAACUGUUGGUGACAUUAUUACAGCAAAAAGGAGCUGCCUCACUCCAGAGCAUGUUGAUCAGCUGCUGUUCCUGCAGAAAAAUCUUACAGUACCCAGCAAGUAGUGAUUAAGCAGUCAUGAAGAAUGGGCCUUAGUGUCAUUUACUUUACACUGGGUUUAGAUUGUCCAGAAUUUUUAGACAAUCAAGUUUCUUUUAAAAUGCACUUUAGUUCAGAGGUGGGUUGUUGCAAUUUCUCUUCAAAAUGCACAGAAUGUUUUCAUAAGUAUUUUUGUGGUCUGUUGUUGACAUUUAUUAUUACUGUUAACAUUGAAUAGCUAUUUCAAUAAAAAGUACAAGAUGUUGUAUAA